UGACAUAACCUAAUUUUUUCUUCCCUGUCGUUUCCCAAAGAUGAUUUUAGGAAGUUUACUCCUGAGAAAUCUUGCCUCAAAAGUAGUGACAAUAAGAGGAAUCCACACGGGAAGUUCAAAUCUAGCCGGACACUCAAAAUGGGCCAACAUUCGCCACAUAAAAGCUGCAAAAGAUGGGCAAAAGUCGCUUCUGUUUGCCAGAUUCAAUCGUCAAAUCCGUCUGGCGAUCCAAGAGGGCAAAUCCCCUAAUCCUGCAAUGAACACACUGCUGAGGCAAACGAUAGAUGUGGCACUGAAAAAGCAAAUGCCAAUGGCAUCGAUUCAAGCUGCUAUCAAAAAAGCUUCUGGACAGGGAGCAGAGUUCCGGAGGCACGUCCUGGAAGUCAAAGUCGUUCAGAAUAAGGUCUAUGUGGUGAUUGUCCUGUACACAGAUACUCCAGCUCAAGCCAAAAUGAACCUAUCGACGAUAUUGAGAAAGGUUGGUGGAACCUUUGCCGACUUGAAGCAUCUCUUCACUGAAACGGGUAUGAUUGUGGCAAUUGGCCAAGAAAAAUCCCCAGAGAAACUCCUGGAAGACGCCACAGAGCAUGCAAUCCUCGCAGGAGCUGAAGAUGUGGAUAUUCUUGAUGAAAAUGAGCAACUGUUGAAUUUCACGUGCGCUCCAGCUGAAAUCCAACGAGUCCGGAAAGAAUUGGAGGAUCUCAAUUAUGAGAUUGAGAGUGCUGAGCAUGUCUACAUCCCCCAGAUGUACACCAUUCUGAAUGAGGCAGAAAUGACUGCUUAUAGCAAAUUCCGGGAAAAAUUGAAGACCAUCGAUUGCAUAGAUGAUAUUUUUGAUAACAUUGAGGAUGCUUCAAGUUAACAAAAAUGUAAAUAAAGUCAAUAAAGUAAUUUUACUCAUUUUACU